ACUAACAUGGCCGUCACCAGGGAGUGAGUCCAAGGAUUUUGAGACGGAUAUUAUUUGAUUCCGCUUAUUUACUCUUGAUGAUUGACGAUGUUACUUGCAGGUCGUUGAUGUUGCAGCUGUAUAAUAUCCCCUUGAAUGUAAGAAGAGAGAAGCCCCUCGCUCUCAUUGAUCAUAGCUCUCUGGACAUCGACAAAGACCGCGUCCCUCAGACUGGCAGUGCCUGUAGGUGCAGCGUCUUGGAGCAGGGGGCAGCGAUUGCCUUCCUUUGCCAGCAGGACUGGGAUUGGGACAAGUGUGGAGCAUAACCACCAGCUCUGGGCGUGUGGACAGAGUAUGGUGAAAGACAGCACUUGCCAUGGAGCUACAGGAUAAGAAACAGGAGGAGGAGGCGGCGACUCCACUGGGACUGUCCACGGCUCAGGCUCUGUGCACCCUACGGGACCAGCUGUCCAACUUAUUGGGGCAACACCAGAAAUUUGGCCGCCGCAGAUACACCAUACAGGAGCUGUGGGCCAAGAGCUUCCUCCAUCAUGGUGACCGGCAUUCGUGCUUCCAUUGGCCUGGAGCUGUUCUCACUUUGGUUGUGGUGGUGGGGCUGUUGUCUUGUCACGGCAGCCAGCCGGAGGGCAGUCAAGGUAUAGAGCUGGUGAACGCUGGUGCGCUCUUCCUCCUGCUGCUGCUCAACCUCUUCCUCAUCGGACGGCAGCAGAGGUUACGAACGAGUGAGAUGGUGCGACGGCUCAAGUCCAUCAUCUCACAACUGAACGAUUAUUUAGAGAGAAGUGCGGGACAUGCAAUCAGAUGGGCCCCGUCUCUGUACCCUGACCUCUACACUCCCACCUCCCCUUCCUGGUCGCUGCAUUGGACAUUCAGAGACGAGCAGCUGGUCAACCUACCUGUCAGCCUCCUGGUGGAAGGUGAUGUCAUCGCACUUAGACCCGGCCAGGAAGCCUUUGCAUCUCUCAGAGGCAUCAAGGACGACGAACACAUUGUACUUGAGCCGGGAGACCUUUUUCCACCAUUCUCUCCGCCUCCCUCCCCACGCGGGAAUGAGCGCAGGGGUCCCCAUAGCCCUCAGCAGUACCGUCUCUUCAGAGUGGUGCGCACACCUAUACUUGACAGCGUCAGGAACAGUCUUGACCUGGCUCUGUCCCGUCCCAUCACAGCCCUCGAUAAUGAGCGCUUCACAGUGCAGUCAAUUAUUGCCAAAUUCGCCUGUCCUGCUGUAUUGGUGGCCUUUUUCUCUAUUAAUACAAUCCGAUACUUCUGUGACACUCCUGGUCUCACCCCUGGACCCUUCAACUUCCUUCAGUUGCAGAUGAUGGGUGUGUUGCCCAUUUUACCUCUACUGUUUCCUGUAAUGUGGGUUCUGGUGAACGCAUAUGGAGAGGCCCGUGUGUUAGCUGAGUCGAGUCGUAAUUCUCCUACUGGCCUGCUUGCUAAGUUCUCUGAGGACACUCUAAGCAGCUACACGGAAGUGGUGUCCUCCCAGGAGAUGCUACGCUGUGUGUGGAGACACCUGGUCAGUGUAUUGAAGGGAGAGUCCCAAACCUUGUGUUAUACCUCCAGUCUGCUGCACACAUUGGGUUCAGUCACUGUGCUGUGCUGUGUGGAUAAGCAGGGUAUCCUAUCCUGGCCCAAUCCCAGUCCCGAGACCGUACUGUUCUUCAGUGGACGAGUCGAACCUCCUCAUGACAGCCAGGAUGACCUCAGGGACGACCUGUCAGUCAAUUCCCUCUGCAGGACAGAGGGUGAGGAGGAUCGAGAUGAGCCUCAGGAAGGCGAAGCACUACUGUGUUUACCAGCGUUUGAGCCCUCCCUCCACAUGGCCGAGCAGGAACCCAGUGAGACGUCACACGACACUGCCCGCUCCUCGGACACCCAACGCCAGCGACGAGGACCCCAAACCACCCGUUCCAAACACCCAUCGGGCUCCAACGUCAGUUUCAGCCAUGACACUGAGGGUGGAGAAGAUGACAUUGUUCAGCAAUGUGGUCUUGGUGAUGAUUUGUGUGAGGCAGAUGAUUUCGUGUGCGACUAUCAUUUGGAGAUGUUGAGCCUGUCUCAGGAUCAGCAGAACCCUGUCAGCAUCCAGUUUGAUGACUCCGGUUGGCAGAAUCACCUGUCCUCCUUGAAGCCCCUUGGUUUGAACAUCCUGUUGAAUCUGUGCAAUGCCACCGUCACCCAGCAGCUCUGCAGAUUCUCAGAUCACCUGUCCAACCUGGCGCUGCAGGAAUGCCAUGGGGCGGUUCUUCCUGUUCACGUUCCUUGGGGGCUCUGUGAACUGUCUCGCCUUAUAGGUUUCACUCCCGGUGCGAGGGAACUAUUUAAACAUGAGAAUCAUCUGGCUCUGUACCAGCUCCCUUCCGGAGAAAAGGCCAAAGAAUCUGCCCCCCGACGCCUCCAUCACUUUACCAAACGCCAGCCCCCCAUCAGUCACCUCAUUAGUCUGUUCGUCAGGGACAACACUACCAAUAAUGUACAGAUGCUCUCCCACGGCUCGGCUGACCUCAUCCUGGAAGCCUGCACUGAUUUCUGGGAUGGGGCGGAUAUCUAUCCACUCUCUGGCUCGGAUAGGAAAAAGGUACUAGAUUUCUACCAACGUGCCUGUCUGUCUGGAUAUUGUUCUGCAUUCGCCUAUAAGCCUAUGCAGGUCACACUGUCUGGACAGCUCAAUGGAAAGUGUGUGGAGUUGGCUCCAGGCCCCGCACUCUUUUCCGGGGUGGAGCUUCCUAGCACCACCCCAAUCAAACACGGCAGCCGCAGGAACAGCUGGAGCUCUGAUGAGGGUAUAGGAGAAGGUUUGGAGAAGGAGGACUGUGUGCAGGCUCUGAGUGGUCAGAUCUUCAUGGGAAUGGUGUCGUCCCAGUUUCAGGCUCGACUGGAUACUGUACGGCUCAUCGAGAACCUAGUGGGAGCCUGCAUCCGCUUCGUGUACUUCUCAAUGGAGGACGAGCUGCGCAGCAAAGUGUUUGCAGAGAAGAUGGGUUUGGAGACGGGCUGGAACUGUCACAUCUCUCUGACCCCAAACGGAGACGGCCACUGCGAUGGUGCUCCGUCCAGCCCUAGCCAAGCAGGUUCCCUACAUGAUGAGCUUCUGCAAGAUUCUCGCGAUGAUGCAGAAGGCCCACUACUGCCAGAGGAUCAAUCAGAUCUUGCCAGCUUUCAACCUACUGACAGCGAUGUGCCCAGUUUCUUAGAAGACUGCAAUAGAGCCAAACUGCCUCGUGGCAUCCAUCAGGUUCGUCCUCAUUUGAAGAACAUAGACAAUGUGCCUCUACUGGUGCCGCUGUUCACAGACUGCACCCCUGAAACAAUGUGUGAAAUGAUGAAGAUCAUGCAGGAGAACAGAGAGGUGACGUGCUGUUUGGGGAGCUCCGCAAACUUCCGCAACAGCUGCCUUUUCCUGCAGAGCGACAUCAGUAUCUCUCUGGAUCCUCUAUACCCGUCCCGCUGCUCAUGGGAGACAUUUGGGUACGCUGCGGUCUGUGGGCUGAAUGAAGAAUGCGAUGAGCUUUCUCCACUGGGCCUCAGCGCUAGUCUCAACAGUCUCGCCUGCUCUGUGUCCUUCCAUCAGGGCGAGAGUGUCAGCAUGGUCAAACUUAUAGAGCAGGCCAGACACACCACCUACGGCAUUCGCAAGUGCUUCCUCUUCCUCCUGCAGUGUCAGCUGACACUGGUCAUCAUUCAGUUUCUGGCUUGCCUUAUUCAGCUGCCUCCUCCCAUGAACAUCACAGACAUACUGUGGCUUUCCUGCUUCUGUUACCCUCUGCUCAGCGUGUCCUUGCUGGGAAAACCUCCUGACAGUUCGGUCAUGACAGUCGCCACUGGAAAGAAUUUGGACUCCAUACCACGCAAGACCCAGCACUACUUCCUGGGCUGGUUCCUGUUGAAGUUUGGUCUGACGAUGUUAGCCUACUUAGUCGGCUUCGGCUUUUCGCUGCAGGAAGUUUGUUCUAGAGCAGCAAACCUCACGAAAACCGACAACAGCACCAUCAACUGCUCGCACAUACUCACCUCCAGCUCCCAGGAUGCCCCGGAGUGGUUUGGUGAAUUGUCCAAUGGGCUGCUUCUGAUACAGAAGAUCAUGGCAGGUUUUCUGGCCUUGCAUACAGUGGUCAUCUCUCUCAGCUAUGUGCACCGUUCACAACCCCUGUGGAGGAGGAACCCGUUCAGCAACACAUGGUGGUGUCUCACAGUGCCUGUGGUGUUGUUGGGACAGGUGGUGCAGGCGGUGAUCGAUUAUUAUCUGUGGAGGAACAGGAGAACGGAGGUGAUCUUCACUCUUCACCACAUUCCCCUGAUGGUCUGGCUGUUGGUUUCUCUGUCCGUCGUACUUGUGGUGCUAAUCAAUGAAGCAGUCAAACUGCAUGAAAUCAGGGUACGAGUGCGUUACCAGAAGAGGCAGAAGCUUCAGUUUGAGACGAAGUUGGGAAUGAACUCUCCUUUCUGACCCGUGUCUGUCCUGGUCCUGUUGAUUUGAGUGAGCGAGGAGAUGAAGCUCCGCACGACUCCUUAAGGCCACAGAGGGCUGUGUUUUCUUCAGCGUCUUUGAUUUGGGCUCAUCUGUGCUGUGUGAGGGACGUUCAUCUGCAUGCUGCUGUGUUUUGGACAGGGUCAUUUUUUAAGGGAUUAUUUUAUUCUUCGAUCCCUCUCGAAACCUAAAACUGCAAGAUACAACCAACAAACAGAGGGCUAAAUUAGCAUGAUUUUACUUCUGUCUUUUAGAUUUUGUGAAAUAAUAGGGUUUUAUCAAUCUUUUCAGUUUCAAACACAAAGAGCUUUGACCUUUUUGUGCUUGUAGGACUUUUUCGUGCUGUUUAUUUACAUUGUCAGAAGCCUGUUUAAACAGGUUAUAAUGUGAAUGUCAUCGCCUCGGCUUACCUCAUAUUCAGAGGGGGAAUAUUUCAUUCGUUUUAUAUUUAGUGAUGCAUACGUGAGUUUAUUUAUAACAAUAUAUCAGCAGUUUAGCUGAGAAACGUCGCUUCCAGAAUGUCAAGCUCAUUUACUAGCUUACCUAGAAUCAGUUUUAUUUUCCAGAUUGAUAUCAGAUGAACUGCAUGAGCAUCAUUUUUUUAGUCUUCUUUUAAACUAUUUUUUACUCAAAUUCAACCUGAGCACAGCUUUCCAGUCAAAGGCAGAAGGUUUCCACUUGAAAUGUUCUCAUUCUGUCAUUUCAGAGGUUUUGAAAUGUUUUUACAUGUGAUUGUCAGCCAGAAUGUAUGGAGCCAGAUCAGUCUCAAAAAUAAUACAUUUACAAAAUCCAAUGCGUAAGUUCAAAACUCAAUUCAAAAAUACACUAAUCCAAUUCGUAAAUUCAAAAUGAGAUUCAUAAAUGCACAAAUCCAAUUCGUAAAUUCAAGACACGAUUCAUAAAUAUGCAAAUCCAAUUUGUGAAUUCAAAACAGGAUUCAUAAAUACACUAGUCCAAUUUGUGAAUUCAAAACACGAUUCAUAAAUACACAAAUCCAAUUCAUAAAUUCAAUACACUAUUAAAAAUACAGUCAAUUCGUAAAUUCAAGACACCAUUCAUAAAUACACAAAUCCAAUUUGUGAAUUCAAAACAGGAUUCAUAAAUACACUAGUCCAAUUUGUGAAUUCAAAACACGAUUCAUAAAUACACAAAUCCAAUUCAUAAAUUCAAUACACUAUUAAAAAUACAGUCAAUUCGUAAAUUCAAGACACCAUUCAUAAAUACACAAAUCCAAUUUGUGAAUUCAAAACAGGAUUCAUAAAUACGCUAGACCAAUUUGUGAAUUCAAAACACGAUUCAUAAAUAUGCAAAUCCAAUUCGCAAGUUCAAAACACAAUUCAUAAAUACACAAAUUCAAUUCGUUAAUUAAAAUCAGGAUUCAUUAAUACACAAAUCCAAUUCAUUUGGUGAAAACAUUUAUGAUUUUCUUGCAAAUUCACAAAUUGUGUUGCAUUUAUGAAUUGUGUUUUGAAUUUUCAAAUUGGAUUUUGUAAAUGUGAAAUGUGCUGUGCCUGUAUGAAUUUCAUUUUGUAAAAGUAUUAUUUUUGAGACUGAUCAGGCUCCAUAAUAAUGCACUGAUCUUUUUUUUGUUUGUUUGUUUUGCACACAUUUACACAUGCAUGAGGACAAAAUCACUUUCCUGGAUUUUUCACUGUACAGCAGUUUUUGUUAAUAGAGUUGUUUUCAAUGUUCUGCAAAAUAUCUAACUCUGACUGGGGUCGGGAUUCUUUUAAAUAGUAUUUUUUGUAAUUAUUGUUUUCAACCCCAUGCAGAGAAAUCAGUGUUUAUUGAUAAAGAGGGAUAUUGAACUUUUACGCUGUUCUACCUCUUGCUGAUUGCCUCAUUAUAUAUAAUGAUAAUCUAGGCAACAUCAUGAUUUUAAUAGAUUUUAUUAUUUUAUCCACACUGGCUGCAGCUAUGGAACAUAAGGGGCUCACUUACAGAUGUGCUGAUUAACAAAAACACAACCAGCUAAUCUCCAAAUUACCAGCAUUUCUUACUUUUUUCUUUUUUGUUUUUCCACUACUGGUGCAAUACUCCAAACUUAUGACCUGAACAUCUGACUUUCCUUAGAAUUUAAAGGGGUAGUUCACACAAAACUAAAAACUGUCAUUUAUGUAAUCAAAUGGUUACAAACUGCUUUAACUCCUUUCAUUUACAAAUCACAUUUAUUUAUUUGUAAUUUUUUUUUGUGGAACAUUUUGUGGAAUACAUUUUCAAAAUCCAAUUCGUAAAUUCAAAACAUGAUUCGUAAAUUCAAGAGACGAUUCAAAAAUACACAAAUCCAAUUCGUAAAUUCAAGACACGAUUCAUAAAUACACAAAUCCAAUUCGUAAGUUCAAAAUACAAUUCAUAAAUACACAAAUAUUAUUUGUAAAUUCAAAACAUGAUUUGCAAAUGCACAAAUUCAAUUUGUAAAUUCAAGACACGAUUCAUAAAUACACAAAUAUAACUCGUAAAUUCAAAGCAUGAUUCAUAAAUACACAAAUCCAAUUCCUGAAUUCAAAACAAGAUUCAUAAAUACACAAAUAUAAUUCGUAAGUUCAAAACGCUAUACAAUAAUACUUAAAUUUAAUUCGAAAAUUCAAAAUAGGAUUCAUAAAUACACAAAAUUCGUACGGAUCAUAAAUACACAAAUAUAGUUUGUAAGUUCAAAACACGAUUCAUAAAUACACAAAUCCAAUUAUUAAAUUCGAGACAUGAUUCAUAAAUACAUAAAUAAAAUUUGUAAAUUCAAGACACGGAUUAAAAAAUACACAUAUAUAAUUCGUAAUUUCAAAACACAGUUCAAAAAUACACAAACCCAAUUCGUAAAUUCAAGACACAAUUCAUAGACGCAAAUCCAAUUCAUAAAUUUGAGACACGAUUCAUAGACGCAAAUUCAAUUCAUAAAUUCAAAACACGAUUCAUAAAUACACAAAUCCAUUUCAUAAAUUCAAGACAAUAUUCUUAAAUACACGUCAAUUCAAAACAGAAUUCAUAAAUACACAAAUCCAAUUCGUAAAUUCAAGACACGAUUCAUAAAUACAUGUAAAUUUAAACCAGGAUUCAAAAAUUCACAAAUCUAAUUUGUAAAUUCAAGAUAUGGAUAAUAAAUACACAAAUAGAAUUCCUAAGUUCAAAACAGGAUUCAUAAAUACACAAAUCUAAUUCGUAAAUUCGAGACACUAUUCUUAAAUACCCAAAUAAAAUUCGGAAAUUCAAGACAUGAUUCACGAAUACACAAAUCUAAUUCGUAAAUUCAAGACACGAUUCAUAAAUACCCAAAUCUAAUUCGUAAAUUCGAGACACUAUUCUUAAAUACCCAAAUCCAAUUCGUAAAUUCAAGACACGAUUCAGAAAUACACGUAAAUUCAAAACAAUUCACUUACAGAUGUGCUCAUUUACAAAAACAAAGACCAGCUAAUCUCCAGAUUACCAGCAUUUCUUUCCUUUUUAUUUUCCACUACUAGUGCAAUACUCUAACUUAUGACCUGAACAUCUGACUUUCCUUAGACUUUAAAGGGGUAGUUCACACAAAACUAAAAAUUGUCAUUGAUGUAAUCAAAUGAUUUGAAACUGGUUUGACUCUUUCAUUUACAAAUUACAUUUAUUUACUAAUUUAUUUAGUGGAACGUACCAAUCAUUUUCAUCUAAAUAAGAUCCAAAAAUGCUUUGGAACAAAAAAAAACACAAGUAUCUCCAUCACUUUCAAUGGUGUUGUCUCUUUAAGUUGCUGCUGAAGUUUCAGAUCUUAAAUGAAUAUUAUGUACAGAGAUCAUGUGACCUUGUAUUCGCAAAAAAAACCCGUCUUUCCAAUGAGCCACAGUUUGUUCCCUUUUUUUACGUAAUGAACCAAAAGAUGUCUUAA